GACCGCAGGCACGUCAGGAUCUGCCGUUAGCGCCGCCGAUUGCCCAACGUGGCCCAGGGGGCUGAGCCGGGGCUGGGCGGUGGCAGACGAAGCUCACACCCGUCUCGAUUCUACCUCGAACCGUACCGCGGUCCCACUGAGCCCCGAGACUCAGCCAUGUCCAAGGUGUCCCCCACCGAGACCGAACGCUGCAUCGAGUCCCUGCUGGCCGUCUUCCAGCGGUACGCAGGGCGUGAAGGGGACAACUUAAAGCUCUCCAAGAGGGAGUUCCUGGCUUUCAUGAACACUGAGCUGGCUUCCUUCACAAAGAAUCAGAGGGACCCAGCUGUCCUGGACAGGAUGAUGAAGAAACUCGAUUUGAACAGUGAUGGGCAGCUGGACUUCCAGGAGUUCCUGAACCUCAUUGGAGGCAUUGCAGUGGCCUGCCACGAUGCCCUGCUUGUUCAGGCCCCUAACCACUAGUCCCAGCAACUUUCAUCUGCCCCCCAACUACCAACAUUCCUUGAACAAAACCCAUGCAAAACUGGAAGGAACGCCUUUAAGAGUGGGAGGAACCUGCUUUGGCAAGGGAGUUGGACCCGAUGAUCUUUCGAGGUCCCUUCCAAUCCCUACAGUUCUGUGAUUCUGUGAUUCCCACUCCCCCUUUUUAUGAA